CUCCAAGUACUGGGCAGCAGAACUCCUGCAAUCAUUUUGUAUGUCAAAUAACACGAUGUUCUAUCCUUCCUUCCUCGUCACGGCGGUGGUUUGUUCGAUUUGCAUCCACACGCCUUUUUCUUCGACUCCUCAUUCUCCCUCUCUGAUUCCUUCUGGUAUGCCGUUUUUUCCCGCGACUCUAUAUAACCAUGUGCUCUGCGAUGUCUUCUUGUCGGUUUCCUCCGAUUCCACUCGUUGAUUUUCUUCGAUCCGAAAGACGAGAAGGAACAUAAUGAGACCCCAAAGGCAAGUAAGCGUCUCCGCAGAUUGUCCGGUGGAGCAAUCCCGCCUAGACCAGGAUCAGC